CAGACACUACGGUACACUUACACCUCAGUUACGGGAGCGAGGAGACGGUGUAUCUGUAGUUGUUAUGGUGUUAUGAUGGUGAUAGUGAGACAACGGAAAUAAUCCAGGUGUUCUCUCGACAGACACCAUCCACGGACACAUUGGAAUAAAACCAAUUAGAGGCUAACCAUACCAUCCCCAGCUCCCACACACCAUGAGGAGGACGCAAUGGAGGAAGAAACAUUUGUCUGUCUCGAUCAUCGUCUUAAUACUGGCGGCGGUGAUGGUGAUAAUGGUGAUCAACUCGGGGACGGACGACGAGGAGGUCCUUCACUCACCCCUGUGGCACCAGAGGAACCUACGAGACGACAAGUUGAUGAUGGAGACUGUGUGGCGCGCCCAGGGACCCCUCCAGGCUGACCACCCCGACCUACUGCGACUACUGAGGGAGAGGUACUUGGACCGGCCAUCAACUGGACCGCCGAACCUGGUGGUGGACCGUACAGGGAGUGAGGCACACGUUUACAACCUGUACCGCACCAACUUCCCGUCCUGGGUGAGAAUCAACAACUUGCUCCACACGCUGUUCUCCGACACACCUCCAGGGUUCUUCUUGGAGGCAGGAGCACUAGAUGGGGAAUUUAUCUCCAACACCCUCUACCUGGAGCAACAACUAGGCUGGACUGGGUUGCUGGUGGAGGCCGACCCUGUCUUAUAUGAUGCUCUCCCAGGUAAGAAACGGAGAGCCUGGUCAUCCCACACCUGCCUCUCACCAGCACCUUACCCACAAAAGCUUACCUUUGAGAGCUACCGAGCUUACCAGACCACCAGCAUAAUUCAUCAACUACUGGUGCGAUCAACAGGUAACCUAGCUGGAGUGUCGUCCCCGGCAGGUGGCAGGAUGGGUGUGAAGGUACGUGAGAUGGUGCAGUGCUUCCCUCUCAUCUCUUACUUGCUGGCCCUCAAUACCACCACCGUUCACUACCUCAGCCUUGACGUGGAGGGCGCCGAGGCUGAUAUCCUCAUCACUUUACCCUGGGAAAAGCUUGACGUCACCGUGUGGAGCAUAGAACACCGAGAUACCAACACCAAGUUCAGGGAAUUGUACCAGGAGGCUACCGAGGACCCCCUACCGAAGAACCUUCAGGAGGAAAACACCAAAGAAGCACACGAGGAGAAUGAGAAGCCAUCACCACAUGAGGUCGUCAAAGUUAGGAAAAAGGUGGUAGUUUAUGUAAACGCACACGACCCAGCAGGAGGGAAGGAUGACUACUUCGUCAGGUUCAUGACCGAGCGAGGCUACAUGCUCUACUACUACUGGGACGGUGACUACACCUUCAUCAAGAAGAAUUCAAGUAUUUGUCAGAGACACUGUCCAAUUUUGUAGGUACAGUAUUAUCGUGAUACCACCAAUUUCUCUAUACAGUAUUUAAACAUUACUUUGACAUGUAUUGUUGUUUGAGAACUUAGGACUUUACAAAAAAGUUCAACACCAGUGACCAAAAUUUUUUACAAGUUACCCUGACGUUACGCUGCCAAUAGAGAAAACUGAGAAAAUAAGGAGAGCCUGCUCCAUAUUCAGAAUUCACAGUAAUUUCUUUCUUUCUUACUAAAUACAAUCAUGGAAAAGGGUUCUACACAUGAAUUUUUAUGACCACUAAAAGUUUAUGACUAUUUAUACAUUUAUUGAAAUUUAUACGACUUACUAUUACUGGAAGAUGGUGUCAGAGGCUGAUUGUCUGUCACUUUUAUGUUGAGGAAGUUGAGUCUGUCAUCACUGCCGCCUGUAAACACACAUUCAACUUCAGUAAUAUUUUUGUUAAGUAUAAUAUAUAAGUUUAGCCUUCUACAGACUCAUAUUUGACUCUAGUAACAGCGCCAAUAAUUCCUAUAGGAUGUAUUUUUCUUUAUUUUAUUAGUGUCUUUGACACAGUCGACCUAUUACACACUAAACUUAUAUGUUCAGUCUGAGUUAUGGUGGUGAUAAAAAAAUCCUCUCUCCUGAAAUACACUUUUUCUUGACAUUGUUUCUUCUUUCCCAACUCUACAGCUGUAAAUCUAGUUUUAAUUGUGUUUACACUGCUAAGUAAUAUCUACAAUGGUGUAACAUUGUUUGUUGACCAAAACAUGUAGAUUAUGACACAAGAAAAUGUCUUCUCGUUGUGGGUCAUAUAUGGGGUGAGCGUUGGUUUUUAUUACAGUAUAAAUUUUGUCACGAUUAAAAUAAAAAUAGUACUGUACAAUGCCAUGACUUAAAAUAUAAUAUAACAAGGGAUAAUUUUCCUGGUGACACAUACAGUACCUUGCAGUCAGAGCAGUCCCUAGGAGGGUGCGGGGCCCAGGGCAAUUCAUCCA